AUUUGCACAAGCCAUGAAGAAAAAUGGUUUCGCCCAAUUCGUGUUGAAACAUUGACAUAAACCAAAUCCUGUAGUGAAGUUGUGCAGCUAGGACUGCUGCCAGAGAUUUUCAGCCGUACACAUAACAGCUUACAGCAUCAAGAAUCAAGUAAAACUUACCAGUUCCUCCUCUAAACCUCUGCGGCUGUCAGCGGAGGUCAUCAGUAGAUAGCCUCACCUGUCCCCACCCCAACCAUGGCUCUGUCUGGGACCAAGGCCCUGCUGGUCUGGUCCCAGCAAAAAACAGAAGGCUACAAAGAUGUCAAAGUGGCCAACAUGCAGAAGUCCUGGAAGGACGGGCUGGCCUUCUGCGCCAUCCUGCACCACUACCGACCGGAUCUCAUAGAUUUCAAUUCCUUAUCCAAGGAGAAUGUACGAGAAAACAACCAAUUGGCAUUUGAUGUUGCCGAGCAGGAGUUGGGUAUCCCAGCCCUACUGGACCCUGAUGACAUGGCCACCAUGCACGUACCGGACAAACUCAGCAUCAUGACCUACGUGUCACAGUACUACAACUACUUCAAGGAUAAGAAGCCAAUUAAGGAUAUUGGGGGCCAGAAGACCAGGAUGGCAAGCAAGAGACCGGCAGGGGAGUCCCCGCUACAACACAAGCCCAACAAGCAGCCCACCUUGGGAGACACCUGUGCAAUAUGCGGCAAGAAGGUCUACCUGGUGGAACGGCAGGUAGCGGACGGCAAGCUGUACCACCGCAACUGCUUCCGCUGCACCAAAUGCAGCACCACGCUACGGCCCGGCGGCUACAAGGCCACGGCCAACCCCAAGCAGCUGGAGUGCCUGGAGCACGGCGACAACAUCUGGAAGCUGCGAUCGGACAUGGCCAGCCGGGCCUCCAAGGAGAAGAAACAGCCCAGUGAUGGCGGGAGCAUCUGGGAGGCCAGGCCUGGUGCUAAGGCUGUGGCCAGCGGUGGUGGCAGCCCGUGGGAGAAGCAAGAUGCAAAGCCAGCUCCAAGAGAGAGUGGCGGGGUAGGUAGUUUAUGGGAAGCACGGUCUGGUUUGAAGCCUGUGCCCACAGACAGAAGUAGCUCUGGAGGUCCGUGGGCAAAGCAGUCUGAUGGUAGACAGGUUGGGAGCAAAGACAAUGCCAAAGCAGACCUAGGGAAACCAGCCCUGCCAUCGCAAAAGCCCCUUGUACCUGGAGCCCUUCAACCGCCUUCCAGUAAGCCAGCCGUACCCAUGCAUCCGCACCUGCUAGCUAGUAAGGCAGCUCGGGAGAGGUUCAACAACCCAGCAGCAACUCAAGAAACGAAACCCGCCCAACAGCCUCCCCCGAAACCCUCCCCAUGGGCAUCAUCCCCAAGUGGUGCAUCACCGGAAAAGAAUUUGGACAGUGAUGUUGCAAAGACUGAGUCGACAAGGCAAGGCUUGCUGGCCUCCCUUGCCGCCGUCAGGGGAAACAUAAAGCCUGGCACUGCAGCAUCCAAAGAGGACAUGCUAGAUGUCUUGGAAGGAGGCACGGGCCGUAAACUUGCCGUUGGGGAAGAGGAUUCUCGGGAAGCCAGCCCGGCCAGUUCAAAUUGGAGCUUGUUGAGCGAUGCCAAAGAAACCUCCAAGAGCUCCAGCAAGGACGAAGAGAGCAACUCGGAACUACCAAAGGAGGGCGAGAAACAACCUCCUGAAAUGGAUGAAAUGAAAGACGAGUCAGCUCCCACUGUGGAAACUCAUUCUAGAGAUAGUGGGCACACAUCCUCAGAUGUCUUCAGCUUAACGAGCAUCAGCUCCAUCAGCCCAACCAACAACUCAGAAACCAGCAGUUUGGAUACGGACCAGUUGAACUUUGCCAGCGGUAUCGAUCCUGAGAAGCGUUCAUCGGCUCUCAGCAGAGACAGCACGAGUGACCAUGAGGGGGUAACAGCGACCCACCUGAACCUCUCUGAUUCAUUCUGCCUGGAGUAUGACACCACCAAAGCAGAUGAGCCUGCAAGUGAGACCUCCAAUAAGGAUGGAGAACCAAGUAACGCUAAAACAGACUCUAAAAAAGAUGAGGAAGCUGUCAAGAAAGAACUCAAAGCAGAUAAACACGAGAGUAAGCCAGAAAAGCCUGCGAAGGACAAUUAUGAUGAGAGUCUGAAUCCUUUCGGAGAUGAUGACGAUGAAGAAGAGGAAGUCAAGGAGAAAAAAGAUAAUGGCUACAAGAAUCCAUUUGACGAGGACUCCGAGGAUGAUGAUGAUGCCUACGAUGACAGUCUCAAUCCUUUCGGAGGGGAUGACGAUGAAUCUACGCUGGGAUCACCUGUUACUCAGUGGCCCCCUCUCCCAGCGGGAGGCAGUUCACAGCCCGCAGAGAUCCCUAAUCAGCAAUCAUCGUACAAAGUCAAAACCAGGCAGGAGAUCCUGCAAGAGAUGCAACGGGACCGUCACACGCUGAAGGCUCGCCAGAAGCGUCCGGCGCCUCCGAGGCCAGACGGAGGCCCACCCAGGCCUGAAGGAGCUGUCCCGCCCAGACCCAGCGCACCUCCUGACCGACCAGGCUUGUCCAACUCCAAGGAGAAAGACGUCGUGAAGCCCCCGCUAAGAUCACGCAAGAGCAGACCCGCUCCGACUCCGCCAAAGGAGAACGGCAGACCGCCAGAGACUAAAGAUCUCAAAUCUCGUCCAGACAAGCCACCUCCACCCUGCCCGGAAAGCCGCGACCAAAGAGCAAACUCUGAUGUAGCCACGAAACCGGUACCCUCACCUCGUUUGAAAAAGCACAUAACACCAAACAAGGAAGACGACGGUAGGAUUUCACCGGUUCCCUCUCCAAGGAGGAAACGUUCAGUGGGAAUGAAAACUGAGGAGGAGUCGCCUAAACCCUCUCCAAGGAUGCGAAGAGGAACUGAUCAACUAUUGGACAGGAAAAAGGUCAAGCCCCCAAGGCCGACCUCUGAACCCAUCAAGCCACCCACACAGGGCUCCAGGAAGAGGGCGCCAGCACCUCCGCCCAUUAAGAGAGAGGUUGAUAAGCAUCACAUCGAUCCCACCAUCAUCCAGAAGGAGCUUUGUGAGAUUGAGAUCCAACAGCGCGAGAUGGAAGGCAAGGGUAUCAAACUGGAGCAGAGUCUUAGAACGGACAUGGAAGGGAAAGAGAACCAAGACAAUGAGGAACUUCUCGUGGAAUGGUUUGCACUGGUCAAUGAGAAGAACAAGCUACUGAGACGAGAAGGGGAACUAGUCGCACAAGCUCAGAUGCAGGACCUGGAGCUGCAACAGGCGGAGAUCGAGUACGAGCUGCGCUGCCUGAUGCACAAACACGAGCACCAGAAGACGGACGCCGACAACGAACGGGAGGAGAAGCUCUUGGAGAUGCUGGUGGAGGCGGUCACCAAGAGGAGCCAGAUCGUGGAGAGACUGGAGGACGACCGGAAACGAGAGGAGGCCGAGGAUGAAGACAUCCAGUCCAUGAUGGAGCAGAGCGUGCCCAAAAAGGAAAAAGGAACAAGCAAAAAAGGUUUGGACAAGAAAAACAUGGAGAAGAAGAAACAAAAGAAGAAAAAAGUCAUCAGCGGCCUCCUAGGCAAAUAACCUCUCCUAUGCACUGCUCAAAUGCCUAUAGCUUUCUUGGUUGAUAUUACAAGAUGUUUUAGAUUUCCUCCCCCCCC